GCUCUCUCCUCCUUGUUGGAGCGCCGCGCUUCAGACAGUCCGCUCCGCUGCUCCACGCUGCUCUCCGCUGCUCUGGGGGAGGCGGCAGGCUGUGAGAGGAGCUGCAGGACCGGGACAGGGGUCUUCAGACGCCUCUCAGGUGGAGCAGAACUCUGAGGAGCCUUUUCUCCCAGCAGCAGAAGAAGUGAAGUGUUUUUAUGUAUGUUGAGCAGCGGCUGAGGGUAAUGGCUGUGCGCUCUGACUGUAUUGCAUAACUCAGCUCAGCUCCUCCUGCUCUUCUCUGUUUGUGUUGGAAAUGGAGAGACACUCCUCAAACUUAGUCCAGCUGAUGUGAGUUCAGCGCACGAGCCCCGUCUCUCACCCCGUGCGUUUCUACAGCCUCGCGCUCUGCAACCACUUUCGCUCUGUUCACUUUUUCAUCCGGAAAUCCGAAUCAACACACUGUUCAGCUUCAGUCCAGCUUCAGUAAAGCCGUCUCCACAGUGUAGCACCUGUAUCAUGUCCAGGCUUCUGCAGUAAACUCCGGAGCUGCAUGGAGAGCCAGCGCUGAGCCUCCGGACACUUUCUCUCUCUCUUUUUACCCCCCUCCCCCCUUCCCCACCCCUUUUCCUCUAUCUCUCCCCCCUCCCUCCACCUCCCAACCUCUCACCCUCGCUGUUGUGAACGUGAGGGAUGAGCUCAGAGGAGAAGAGCUCCAUUAUGUCCCAGAAGAUUUCCUCUCCAUCCCGCAGCAACAGCAGCUCCUCCUCCAAACAUGACAGCAGACAGGACAGCUGGGAGAUUGUGGAAGGGCUGCGCGGGGGUCUGGGAAAUGUUCAGGAGCCUGAGAAACAGGAGGGAUUUAUGCUGAAGAGGAGAAAAUGGCCAAUGAAGGGCUGGCACAAGAGAUACUUCUACUUGGAUAAGGGCAUUCUGAAGUACGCCAAGUGUUCAGCUGACAUUGAAAAGGGCAAACUGCACGGGUGCAUUGAUGUGGGUCUGUCGGUCAUGGCAAUUAAGAAGAAAGCCAAGUGUAUUGAUCUGGAUGCAGAGGAGAACAUUUAUCAUCUGAAGGUAAAUGGCAACCAGUUCAAGUCUCAGGAGCUGUUUGAUGAAUGGGUCUCUAAGUUGCGUCACCACCGGCUGUACAGACAGAAUGAGAUCGCCAUGUUCCCCCCGGAGAAACCGCUCUUCAGCCCCCACUUCUCCCCAACAUCCCCCACCAGCUUCCCCGAGACCCACGCCGCGAGAAAGCGAGCCUCUUUAGCGAAGCAGUCCUCUCUCAACUUCACCAGUCAGGCCAAGGUGGCUGCCUGGCUCCAGUCCUCUGACGACAUCGACAGGUAUUCCAAAGAGCUGUCUGUGUGUGAGGCUCAGUUGCUGGAGCUGAAUCACCUGCUGAGGAGUAUGGAGGUUCUGCAUCGUACCUACUCUGCCCCAUCCAUCAAUCAGCUGCUGCAGGCUUCAGCAUAUGACAGUCCUAAAAAAGAGAAGAGGCCUCUUAGGAAAUGGCGUUCCAAAAACUACAGCAAAGAUAGCAAAACAACACUGCAGGUUCCCAGCUGUAUCUCAGCAGGAUCGAUCCGCCUCCACGCGUCCAAUCCUAACCUCUCCUGCGUUGAUCUGACCAAUGAGAAGAGUUAUGCAGAACACCUUGACCUGCCCAUAGAUGUGUCCAAACUGCAGGAAGACUUCUAUCGUGUCGCUACCAACUUGCACGCCAGCAUGAAGUCCGCCUUAAGCUCCCUGAGCACAGAGAAGGAGAGACUGAGGCAGAUGCUGGAGCAGGAGCCCUGCCCCGCCCCGUCCACACAACUGCUGGGACUGAAGAGUGCCCUGACUGCUGCUUUAGCGCAGAACUCUGAUCUGAGAGAGCGCCUUUGCAAGAUACACAUUGAGUCACAUAUAUCAGAACCCAAUGCCCUUAAAAACUGCAGCGCUGGCCCCUUGCAGAAUCAGGACUCUACAGACGGCGCCCGUCCCCUUGUCCAUCAGGCGUCCAAUGAGAGCCGAACGUCCAUCACGGAGUCGCUGUCCGAGUUCUUUGAUGCACAGGAAGUCUUGCUGUCAGCAAGUUCUUCUGAGAACGAGCCUUCAGAGGACGACUCGUACAUCAGUGAUAUCAGCGACAACGUCUCCAUGGAUAACUUUGGCAAUGAUGCCCAGAACGAGAGGCUCAACUCAGAGUGUGUGGAGAAUGGAGCCCCUCAGGGACAGCGACGCUCCUUCCUCCCCUCCCCCAGUCCCAACACCAGUAACAUCAGCCUGUGGAACAUCCUGAGGAAUAACAUAGGGAAGGACCUUUCAAAGGUGGCCAUGCCUGUGCAGCUCAAUGAGCCGGUCAACACCCUGCAGAGGCUGUGUGAGGAGCUGGAGUACAGCGAACUGCUGGACAGAGCUGCACACACACAGGACCCGUUCGAACGCAUGGUGUACAUUGCAACGUUUGCAGUGUCGGGCUAUGCCUCCAGUUACUACAGAGCAGGAGGGAAACCCUUUAACCCAGUGCUGGGGGAGACGUACGAGUGCGACCGGCCUGACAAAGGAUUCCGCUUUAUAGCGGAGCAGGUCAGCCAUCACCCUCCCAUCUCUGCCUGUCAUGCCGAAUCUAAGAAUUUCAUCUUCUGGCAAGAUGUUAGGUGGAAAAACAAGUUCUGGGGGAAAUCCAUGGAGAUUGUUCCUGUUGGCACCACUCAUGUGAUUAUCCCUGGUUUGGGAGAUCAUUACGAGUGGAACAAAGUGACAUCAUGCAUUCAUAACAUCCUGAGUGGGCAGCGCUGGAUCGAGCACUACGGUGAAAUCUCCAUCAAGAACUCCAGCAGUGACAUCUGUCAGUGUAAAGUCACCUUUGUAAAGGCGAAGUACUGGAACUCCAGUGUGAACGAAGUGGAAGGAGCUGUAACCGACCAUAAAGGGAAAGUCAUUCACAAGCUGUUCGGGAAGUGGCACGAGGGCAUCUACUGUGGCAACCCACCUGCCGCUACAUGCAUCUGGAGAACCAAUCCCAUGCCCCCGGACUACGAGCAAUACUACGGCUUCACUAAGUUUGCUCUCGAGCUGAAUGAACUGGACCUGCACACCAAACAAAUACUGCCACCCACAGACACCAGAUUUCGGCUGGAUCAGAGGUUACUGGAGGAGGGGAAUGUAGAGGCAGCAGAAGUUCAGAAGCAGAGGAUUGAACAGCUCCAGAGAGACAGACGCAAAGUCCUUGAGGAGAACAACAUGGCACAUCAGCCGCGGUUCUUCCAGAAAUCUAAAGACGACACCUGGGUCAGCAACAACACUUACUGGGAAUUACGGAAAAAUCCGGGCUUCAGUAAUCUGGACUGUCCUGUGCUGUGGUGAGCUGGGAUUGGCCGACACUGACUGGCGGGCUUCUCCUGACCACUGCCUGCUUCUGCACUUCAGUUCUCUGACCUACUUUCAAUAUGAAGAAAAAAAACACAUCUCGCAGUGAGAAAUGAGGAUUAGGUACGACGGAGAGAAAACUCUGCCGAAAUCAAUCGCAUGGAGAAGGAACUGUACUGGAAGUAUAGGACUGGUUCCAGUGACUUUCGUUACAUUCAAGCAUCCUUCCUUAUUUAAAACUCCAUAUGCCUUAAUAUGCUUAUAAUAUCUUUUGUAGUGUCUUUAUGCAAACAUAUCCAUUUGAAUGUCUAGGAAUUAUGCAAACAUACGGCCCAGUUAAUCAUCUCUAUCAUUGCGGUGUGCAACUAGUAGCACAAAAUUACUGACCAACAUAUUGUUGCAUAGUGUCCUCUUGUGGUGCAGUAUUGUAUUGCACACAGUAAAGAGGUUUUGCCCCCCCAAAAAAGAUAUAAAAAAAUAAUAUUAAGACCCUGCGCAUGCCCAUAUAAAUUAAAAUAUGCUGUUGUCUGAUCACAAUUACAUUGUCUACCUCUUAAAAAGAGAUGGUAUGGAAACUCUCAUGUAAUUUAUGGGAUACAUGUUAGAGUCUGAAUUCCACACCUGUCUUAUGCCUUAUGGUCACACAUAUUCUAUCCCAGUCCAUCUCUGUUAUAACCUUUAAUCCUGUAUCAGAAAAAAAACAUGUAUUACACUCCUGGCUGCAUUGAGGGAUGUACUAUACACUGACAUGCUAAAUAUAUAUGGCACAUGAGACUGGUAUAGUGUCCCAUGACUUUUGGCAUGUCCCACUGAAGCUGAAGAACGCUGCACUGACCCGUGGGGUAUGUGUAUGUGGGUUUCCUGCAUUGAAUGUGGAUGUGAUUUCUGCUAAAUUUAAAUAUUAAAUUCCCACACAACUUUGAGGAUGAACACUCUGGCCAGUGUUCAGCCUCACUCACAAGAUAACACCUUACAACAUAUACUUAUAGGUGUGGGCAUUCUCAAGCCAUCCCCCUAAUGUAAACUCUAAUGAUCAAUUUGCAUACUGCUGUCCCAUGACUUUUGGCAUGUCAGUGUAUCUCUGACUCUCUGAGACCCAUUCACACACAGAGCCUUCUUUCAACCACUGAAUACAGAUGGACUGAAUACUCACCACACUGCACUUGUGAGUCUAGCUGAGUGUGUUCAGCUGUUCACACACACAGUUUGACCUGUAAUCUGUGUCCGGUACUCCCAAAAAGUGUUAGCACUUGCUGUGGGGUGAAAGGGGUUGGAGGGGUGAGGGUCCUCACGUGUUGACCACUGCUGAGAUUCCUCUCUUCUUCAAUAAAAAUGAUCAUCUCUGUGA